CCCCCCCCCUCCCACGAUUGUGCCUCUCCGUCCUUCUUCCUUCCCCUGUCGCUCCCCCCUCUCCACCCGCGCGCGACGCCGGAAGACGACCCUCGACCCUCUUCCCCCCUUUCCUAGACACACACACACACUCUUUUUUCCCGCCCCCGCGCCGACCGCCGCCUCCUUCCUGCUCUCCGCGGCCACACCCUCCCAAGAAGAUGACCGCCUCUUCCGGGCCCCCGCCGAUGUCCUCGUCCGGCACGCCGACGCUCAGCUUCGCCGACCACUUUUGGGGCGCCGAUGACCGUGGCUUCGAUGUCCUCUACGCGCAUAUGAGCGCCGCCAAGGACACCAGCAAGCUGGUGCUGGAAAUCCUCGAGACGCGCGCCCGCUUGGAGGAGGAGUACGCCAAGGGCCUGCAGCGUCUGGCCAAGGCGAUUGCCGGGCUCGGAGCCGGCGGCGCCGAGGACGAUGCCGAUGUCCCGGCUGCCGUGGUGGAGACCACUGCCCCCCGGUCCGGGUCCGAUGUCCAGAUCGCUGGCGACUAUGGCUCCACCAAGAGUGCCCUGGUGACCCUGCGCAAUGAGAUCUCCACCGCGGCGCAGGCGCACCAGCUGUCGGCCGAUACUCUGCGCACGGAGGUGGCCAAGCCGCUGGACGCCUUCAUCAGCGACCAGAGCAUCGCCCGCAAGCAGCAGGGCAAGAUCAUGCAGUCGGCCCAGAAGCGCCUGAAGGAGAUGAAGGCCAAUGCCCUGCGCGCCAAGAAGAAUGAGUCCUCGAAGGCUCGCGCGGCUGAGGUCCUCGCCGAGUCGCUUGAGCGUGUCAAUAGUCAGCGCAAUGAGAAGGAGGCCGAGAAGGUUCAAAAGAAGUACCGCAAGGCCAUGGCCGAGGCCGCCGCCGCCGAGCGCGAGCACUCCGAGGCCCGGCAGCGCCUGUUUGCCGCGCACCAGCAGUGGACCACCGACAUGGUCACCACCGCGGCCCUGUAUCAGUCGCUGGAGGAGGCCCGGCUGGACACGCUGCGCGCUGCCAUUUGGGCCUACACCAAUGCGGUGGCCACCACUUGCGUGGCCAACGACCAGUCUUGCGAGCGGAUCCGCGGCAGCCUGGAGCAGUGCCAGUUUGGUCGCGAUCUGGACAUCUUUGUCCGGCGGAAUGGCACCGGCACCAGCCGGCCGGACGCCGAUGGCAACCUCGUGGCCGCUGGCAAUCUCGAUGCCCCGCCCUCGGCCCGGACGACCCUCUCCCACCGGCCCCCCUCGUUGACUGGGUCCCUGACGUCGUUGAGCUCCUCGGCCGGAUCCACCGGCUCGGCCCCGCCUACGGAGACGCUCCCCUCGUCGCUGGAUGACACGGCGUCGGUGGCGUCCUUCCCCCCGGCGUCCGCCGUCUCGGACGCCGGCGCUCCGCCGCCCUACUUCAACAGCUCCCAGGCGCCCCUCUUCUAUGCUCGUGCCCUGUACGACUAUGAUGCCCAGUCGGCCGAGGAGAUCUUCCUCCGUGAGGGUGAUCACAUCGCCGUUUACGAGACACAUGAGGAGCCUUGGUGGCGCGGUGUGGUCGUCGAGUCUGCCUCUCCCGAUCAGACCACCGGGCGGAGUGGUGUCUUCCCGGCCAACUUCACCGAGCAAUGUUGAGGCUGCCCCUUGGCCAUCCCCAUUUGCUGCUGCCACGACGAUCGUUGCCGCUGUCGAAACCGCACGCGUGCGCGCGCGCGCCCCAUUUGUCCUCGUCCCCCUCUCCUCCUUCUCGUCUCUCCCCUCCUUGUGGCCCUGUGGCUGAAAUUGUCAUGCACACGCCCACACCCACAUACACACACACCUUCACGCACCCGCGCGCGCACCCACAUCCACGGCCCUGCCUCGCAUGUUCCCUCCUGGCGAGGAGCAUGGGGCAUUUUCCCUCCUCUUUGGUCCCCUCUCUCUCUCUCUCUCUCUCGU